UUCUCUUUUGCUUUCCACCUUUUCCGCAUCGACACUUUCGGAAACUCAAGUUACCCUUCCAAACGCCACCGCACCCAAAGCCCUGCCCAAUUGAAGCCUUGGUGGCACGCUCUUUCAUCAGCCAACACGCAGUAAUCGGUACGUACCCUUUUUUGCCAGCAGAACCCCGCAGAACUCUAGAAGCGAUUGCCUGCCACUCGGAUCCGUGCCUAGGAGUCAGGAUUCAGCGUAUAUCAACCUUUCUUCUCCCUGCUUUCCUACCGCUCUCCCAAAACACCCACAUCAACAACCUCAGCUACAAGCUUACCGCCUCCCGUGCAAGCUUUCCACAUCGAUCUCUAAUAUUGUUCCGCCUAGCCGACAAGCUUCUACUCAAUCAAAGCAUCAUCGUCCCAUCAUCACAAUGGCGGAAGCAAAGCCUGCGUCCCAGAAGAUCUGGUUGGUCUCCAACGACAACGCGACCAUGGAAGUUGACCGUGCCGUCGUUGAGCGAUCCAUGCUCUUGAAGAACAUGUUGGAGGAUCUGGGCGGUGCCGACGUCAGCCCUGAGAACCCGAUUCCCAUUCCCAACGUGAACGAGGCAGUGCUGCGAAAGGUGGUCGAGUGGUGCGAGCACCACCGCAACGAUCCCGUCGCCGCACCCGAUGACGAGUCGGAUGCCCGCAAGAAGACCACUGAUAUCGAGGAGUGGGACCAGAAGUUUAUGCAGGUCGACCAGGAAAUGCUUUUCGAGAUCAUCUUGGCCUCAAACUUCCUUGAUAUUAAGCCGCUCUUGGAUGUGGGCUGCAAGACCGUGGCGAACAUGAUCAAGGGCAAGUCCCCCGAAGAGAUCCGCAAGACUUUCAACAUCACAAACGAUUUCUCAGCCGAGGAGGAGGAGCAAAUUCGCCGUGAGAACGAAUGGGCCGAGGACCGAUAAAUAAUGGUCUACUAUGGGUGUCUCUUAACUCUUCCUCUUGUUCAGUGGAGGGCAGCAGCGUGAACCUGGUUACUUCCAGGGCUGUUUUAUAGAGUAACCUACGGCGUUGAUGGGACUGAAAUGACAGGGCUAUCGGGUUCCUUUUUUUCUUUGCUUUUUUAACUGGUAUCUCGUUUGGGGGC